CACGCUCCGCCCCACACACCCGAAGGUACUACGAGGGUAAACCGACACCUCGAAUCUCUGAAGCAAUAUCUCAAAUGAAUGCGCAACGCUGAUAGUUUUGUUUAUUAGUUAAUCCAAGGCUCGAAUACAUUUCGUCCGCUGUUAUACCACUGCAUGUAUGCGACAAAUGUUUACCGGUGUCCAAACGGGGCGUCCGGUUGCGCCCCAUCCAGAUUUAACGUUACAAAAAGCGGUUUGUGGAUCCUGCGCUGUUUGUAAAACACACGUGAAGUCUUCUACAGAGCCAAAACUUUUGCCGUGCCUACACGCAGUUUGUAACGCUUGUCUUGCGAAGACCCGCAAAGAUGAAAACACACACGAAUGUACACUGUGCGCACAGUCCUUCUGUUUAUCUGAAGUCACCGAAUGCAAUGUUUUUGAAGACUCGUCUGAUAGUAAUGAGAACCCCAAGUGCAGUGCGUGUGAAGAGACUGAGGUCAGUGGGUGGUGUGUCCAGUGUGAGGAGGCCCUGUGUUCGGAUUGUGUGUCCGCCCAUCGCAGGGUUAAGGUGACACGUGACCAUGAACUCAAACCCAAAAAACCAACCACAGGUUGGAUGCUUAGAAGACGCUGUCCCUUACACAGUCAGGAGAGCCUGAAGUUCUUCUGUCUUGUCUGCAAUGAGCUCACCUGUAAAGACUGUCAGCUUAUUACUCACAGAGGACACAGUUUUGUGCAGCAGGAGGAAGCUGUAGGAUCUCAGAGAGAGCGGAUGCUGAGUUUACUGGAGUCCAUCAGAAAGCAAAAAGAAACUGUUAGCGCCACACUGCUUCUCAUAGAAGCGAGAUUGAAUGACAUUAAUGAUUUGAAAACGCAUGCAUCAAAGACAUUAGCACAAGUGGUUCACACCAUAUACCAGUCACUGCUUCUGAGUGCCAGGGAAAAGUUAAAAGAGGUGGAGGUCUUGUGUGCAGAGGAAGUGAAAUGUUUGAUGCAGAGAAAGAUGCAUCUAAGCAAGAUGGAGGACUGUCAGGACUACAUAUCUGCAUUUAUUGACAAAAUCCUGAGCACAGAGGGUCACUGCCUCCUCGUACACAAAAAGAGAAUUGAGACCCAAGUGAUUAAACUUCUCUCCCAGAAGACUUGUCCACCUGAGACCAUGUUUGAUCUGCAACUUCAGCUUCAGAAAGACCUCUGUCACCACAUCAUGACAUCUGGAUUUAUGAAGAUUAGACCGCUCCCUGUUCCAUUUAAAACAAAAUUUGUUUCUGCUCAGACAGAGUCUGGAGAAGGAUCAAAUCCUCCAGCUGACAGAGCAAAUACAAAUUCUGCUCUGAUUAUCACUGAUGUUCAUUCUAUUCGAGCCUCUUCAAAUUCUGACCAGUCAACCGAAGCCAUAUCUGUCCAGUCCCAGCACUCUCCUUCUAACAGUGACUCGUCUAACAGCAUUGCAAAGGUUCCUCCUCUUAAAAUUUACUUAAGCCAUCCUUCUGUUUGUUCUCAGCCUUAUUCAUUACGCCCCACUGCACCUCAAAUGGAAAAUAUGUCACAGUCAGCCAAGCCUAGUAAGCCCUGGACCUUUCACUAUUUUCCUGGCCUUCCAGUCUCCAACCAGACUUCUAUGCAGGCUCACCCUGUACCAUCCAACUCUCAAGCAGCUGCUGAGCCGAAGCUAAUACCAGCCAACAACCAAACCCCUGUAUCGCAGCAUCCAUUACCAGCCAUUCCAGUUGAUAAUCCAUCACUCGUAUUUACCCAAAAACUAUCCAAUCUAGCCAACAACCAAACCCCUGCGUUUCAACAACAAGUACCAGCCAACACUUAUUUCUAUUUUGAUACCCAAACUCUACCCUGCAGUCAAACUCAUGCAGUCACACUUCCAAAUCCAACCAACUACCAAACAGAAGCACUGUCCCAACCAAUAGUAGUCCACAACCAACCACCUAUACCGAAUCAUUCAAUACCUACCAACAACGAAAGACCUGUACUCACCCAACCAAUACUAGUGAAUAACCAAACAGCUGUACUUAGCCACCCAAUGCCAGCCAUAGCAACAAACAAUCAAACACCCAUACUCACCCACCAGUUGUCAAACAUACCAACUGAUACCCGAACAAUGAUACUUGCCCAUCCAGUACAAGCCAGUAUUCCCAUGAAUACUUAUGCAGCACAACCCAGUAUUGCCUUUGCUGUUCCUUCAACCAUAAACACGCAUGUAAAUAAAGUUACUAUGGCAUAUAGUGAUCCCUCUGCAUCGUAUCCUACCAGUCCAGUCAUUAACACCAUGCCGAGCCAAGCUAGUAGUGGUCUCAAAUCCAACCUUUCUGUCAAAGCGCUGGCAGACUCUGCCUGUGAUCAAGACGUCAGUGUGAGCAGCACAGAUUUGACUGAAAAUGACAAUCCAGAAAACAACUUGCCCACCUCCACUGUGUCAGAAGAACCCAGAACAGCUCAUGUCUCAUCCAACGUUCAGGAUCUUCUCGCCAGCACCACCACCACCACAAAGAAAAGAUCUAAGCAGACAGUGGGAACUUCAGUCAAGAGAACAUCGUCUAAGGGCAAUCAAGCUUGUGCCGGUCCUUCGUCCGGAGAUACCCGCUCUGAUCAGAAUAAAUGGAGUGCUGACAUGCCAACAUCUUUCCGACAACUUGUUGAGAGCACAUACACGCCUGCCUACUUGGUGGAUAAUCGGAAUGACAAGCCUCAGCUGGAUUCUGUUCCUUGUGGUGUAUCAGAGAGCAGAACACCAUCUGUGAGUAAGGCGACAACAAAAACACAUGACAAGACUGUCCAAAGUGAUUUUGACAAGGAUGAACCUAAAGUUGAACAUGAGGAAUGUUCAGUAACGUUGGAACAUCGACAUCAAUUAAAAAGGUUUCCACGUGUAAGCUUAGUACGCCUGCCCAUCUCUCUGCCUCCAUGUGGGCAGCCACUUCCAGAGUUUCACCUUUUUACGGAUAGCUCUGCAGAUCAAGGAAGCAUCUUUGUACAGGAAACCCAGGAAGGGCAGAUCCAGCAUGUGUGGCGAUGGAACAAAGAUUCAGUACCAUCUAAAGCUUCUUCAUACCAUUUACCCCAAGAAAGCAUCAGCCCACUGUCAUCUGAAGUACAGUUCUGCAGCGUUUGCCAGUCGGCAGGAGCCACUCUUCAGUGUUUCACAUGUGGACGUGCUUUUCACUCCGAUUGUCACAUCCCAGCGAUCUUCGUGAAACCUUGUGAGGAAUGGCGGUGUUUGCUGUGCCUGAAUGUAAAUGAUGAGAUAAUUGUGUACGGCAGCGAGAGAAAACACAGUCUGAACCUGCAGGAUCAAAGAAAAUGUGAGAAGCUUCUGCUUGGUCUGCUGUGUGAUGAGAACAGAUGCCUGCUGUACAAUGUAAAGCGGCACUCAGACAUGGCAGAAUUUGAUGUUAUACUUGACCGAUUGUUGGGGAAACACAAACCGCCUUAUAGGACUGCUGCUGAACUGGUGUCAGACGUUUGGAUGCUUUUUGACAUCCUGUCAACAAGUUCUGAGAUGCAAGAUAGGGUUGUCAAGCUUCAAAACUAUUUUCAACAACAGCUGAAUGAAUGUUUUGGGGAGAGCCUCCAUGCUUCUCUUCUGAGUCACUGCAGCAGCAAGGAAUCAGGAAACACCUCAGACACUAAAUCUCAAAGUGAAAAGCAUAAGAAUACUUUAAAACGGAUGCGAGAGUUUUUUACUGCCAACAUUGGUACAUUAGCAAAGAAACCCUGCGAUGAUAAAGGAAAGAAGAAAGAGGAUUGUGGAAACUCUGCAGACAUUAAAUAUGGAAUCGAUGGACUUUGAAGUUCCCCAGUCUAAUAUUUUUUUAAACCACAGUAUUUCUUGGAUAUGUUCAUCUGAAGAGGAAACAACAUUAUUGUACAAUACUAUUUAUUGCAUUUUUCCCCAUUUGUCUUGUCAGUAAAAUGUUUUAAAUAGAA